AGUAACAAUUAAAGCUCGCUAAGAUGAAGUUCACAAUUGUCAUCAUUCUUCUCAUUUAUAACUCGGUCAGCUCAUUAGAAGUAACAGGAACCUACAGAACAACAACUUGGUCAUAUGUUUCAGAACAUUAUCAAUGCUAUCCUAUCACCAAUAUAGAAAUUCUAGAACCAAAGCAGUUUAUUGAAACAGUCGCUGGGAAGCACUUGGCUGGUUAUUUAAAUUCAGAUGUCAAAACAUAUGCAAUUGUUUCACAAACUGUUCAUUUCAUGCCGUUGGGGAUGACAAAAAUUUUCCCAAAUCUUGAAGCUUUUCAAAUUAGUGGAUGUGCACUUGAACAAAUUGAUCGUCUAGACUUAAUUGAGUAUAAAAAUAUUCACUCGAUAUACUUUAAUAGAAAUAAACUGACAAUCCUAGAAGCUAGAUUAUUUGACUUUACUCCAAAGCUGUGGCACAUUGACUUCUCAUAUAACAGAAUUCGUCACAUCGAUCCAGCAAUUUUUGAUGGAAUUGAAAAUCUUAAACACGGAGAUUUUAUGUACAAUACAUGUACUGGAGAAUUUGGACCACAAAUUGGAGAAGAUAACGUCAAGUAUACAAUGCAAAAGUUUUUGUUACAACAUUGUCAGAACAAACCGGAUGACAAAAGUGACUGCGGUUGUUUUAGACCACAAAUCUGUAGUUCUGAGAGAAUUAAUCAUAUCAGUGAAUUUGAUUUGAAAAAGAAGCUGGGAAUAAGAGAUUAGGAUGGCUUAAAGAUCUGCUGAAAAUGAAGAUAAGUGAUCGAUGAAGCUUUAUAUUUCCAAUUCAAUAAGAGAAAAUAAAAUAUUGAUUUAAUAUGAGCAUUAAACUAUUCUUUUUCUAUUAAAGCUCAAUUUUUUAAAAAUUCUAAAUUAUAAUUAAAACUUCGCACCUACAACUACUAUUAUGUCCAUAAAAAAUAUUCAGCCUUUGAAUUCCUUAAA